AUGGAGAGUUGCUCUCAGGAGGAAGGAUGCGAUUGGGCUGUAGGUAUUUACGCUGAGGUCGAGAAAGCACUCAGCAAAGGCCUGCUUAUUGCACAAAAACACCCUUCACUUUGUCCGCUUCGCCACUGGCACCUCACGCUCCUCCAUGCUCUCUUUGCGUUUACAUUCCCUUCCUCUUCCACAUCGCCAAAAUUUGCGCGCGCUAUCCUCAGACGCCUUAUUGCGUCUUUUGUACCCACUGAUCCUCCAGGCACCGUAUCACUACACCACACCCUUAUUCUAAUGCUACCGCUAAUCUCAGCCCUGCACCACCAGGUGCCCCCAUCCUCCAAGCAACCCUUGCCGCCAUACCUCGCACGCAAAAACCACCACCCACGAAUCGUUGCCCUCGCUCACGUCAACAGGUUGCGCGUCCUCCUUCGUGCGAGUGCAUGGACGCAAGUCGGGGUUGCUCUUGAUAUCGCAGAGGCCGUGCUUUACUUAAUUUUCGACAAGGACGGCAAACAUAAUCAUGAGAACGGCCACGUCAAUACAAUCGCCGACGCAAAACCAGAUAAUGACCCACUUCCUCGUUGGAACUCCAUAACAGCUCACGACGUCAAUGCCCUCUCCCGCGAAUAUUCCCAAGUACGCAUCACCAGCAAUUCAAUUAUGGGACCCAAACAAGAGGGGGAAAGCACACAAACAGAUCCCUCUCAUGCUUCACUUGACAUUCAUACUCUCCUCUCCGGUACUGUAUUUUUUACGUUCUCUGGAAACAUUCGUGCGGCCGAGCACAGGCUCAUCGUGCUGCAUAUAAUUGUUGAUAGCGGAGCACUUGAGGGAUUCAAGGAUGGAAUUGUUCAGAUACCUCCCACCGCACCCUCCCCUAGCGUGCUACCCGCGAAACGGGACCCAGUGGGCAGAAUCUCGAAGAGAAGACUCUGGGCCCAAGCAAGACUCAGUAUUCUCAAUGCUGCAAGAGAGGACACUGAACUUCCCCCCUGGGCUUCCCUCGCAGACGAAAUGAUACAGCGUGCACUGAGAAUCACAGCCGACCUUUUAUGCGAGCUCGUCGCGAUCUCAAUCCAACGGUCCGAAUUCGACGCCAUAGAAACACACCUAACCACAUUACUCUCCCUAACCCACGCAUACAACCUCUUUAACCCAUAUAGCGCCCGCAUCACCCUUUACGCCGCACAUCUCGCACACGCACUCGGAGACACUGAACGCGCAGGCGUAUGCUGCCGUGUCGCCAAAUCCGUAGAUAACGAAACUAAUGCAGGGUCUGUAUAUGUAGGUGCUGUUGCAUGCACUGGGGAAGCGUUAUUACGCAUCGGACUUCGUGCUCGGGUUCAGGGUGACGACGAACACUUGAACACUAACGCGAAUGAAGAAACAAGUGGUGAUAAAUGCGACUGGUUGGAUAGCGAGACGCACGGGUUGGCUAGAUCUGCGAUUCAGAGGUGUCAUGGGAUGGGAGGGACGCUUGAAGCGAUUGGGAAGGUUGUGCAGGCGGCUGUCGCUGAUCACCUGAAGUUUGCUCUGUCUUUAUCGACGUUAGCGGGCAAGAACCAUCUCCGCGCAUUUCUCUUCGCACAAGUGGGCGCGCAGUAUUUGCAUAUAGCUCCUGCGCAUGCUAUGGAGACGUUGACUGUGUGCGAGACGCUCGGCGCUGGGAUGGGUGCGAAGCAGAAGGAUAUGGAUGAUGGGAAAGGCAACGCCCCACUCCGUCUCUGGGUGGGCGAAAGAUUCCUAGAGAUAUUCAAGCGCAAAUAA